UAUUCGAAUUUCAAAAGAAAAUAGAGAAACAAUUUUUAAGUUUUACAUAAAAAUGAAUUUUUUACAUCAUUUAAAGUCAAAACAAGAUGUAGAUGAAGCCAUAAGGAAUACUGAAGAACGUGUUUUAGUUUUACGAUUUGGAAAAGAAAAUGAAAUUGGAUGUAUGCAAACAGAUGAUAUUAUGUCAAGGACAGAAACUUUACUUAGUGAAAUGGCUACUAUCUGCACAGUUAACAUUAGUGAUGUUCCUGAAUAUGUUGAUUAUUUUGAUAUAACUCAUAUUCCUGCUACUGUAUUUUUUUUCAAUGGACAACAUAUUAAAGUUAAUUCUGGUAUGCCUGAUCAUACAAAAUUUAUUGGGCCUUUUCAAACUAAACAAGAUUUUAUUGAUCUUGUAGAAGUUGUUUUCAGAGGAGCAAUUCGUGGAAAAUAUCUAGUGAAUUCACCUAUAGAUAGAAGGAGAUUGGCUCAUUAUGAGAUGUUAUAUAAGGACUAUUGAGAUGGAAAAUGCUGUGUAAAUUUGGUAUUUUUACGAAUGAAUUUUUUACAUAAAAUGCAUUGUCAUUAAUUCUGAAGUUCAUCUGUCAAAAAUGCAUUUGUAAAUAUUUUGUAAAACAUGUAAAUAAUUGACAACAUAUAAAUGUUUUUCAUAAUG